AUGCAUGCCAUGCCAAGUCCACUUCGUUUGAUUCCAGCUAGUCCCAUGAUUCCUACGAGUCCAAUGACUGGCGUUCAAACAUUUCUAAUAACAUUACCAGAAUCAAUGUUACAGCAAACAAUGACUCUUAAUCCUUGCCAAUAUUAUCCAGAUUUACAACAACAGCAGCUACCUAUUUCAUUCUCAUCUCUUUCACAACAUUUCCCACAAUCACAGUGUGCAGCACUAAUGACCGCCGCAUCAGCCGUCAUGACACCACAUAUUGCUUCAUCAGCUGCAGCCACAUUUUGUGCCAUGAAUACCAAUCGAACAAUUCAAGUAUCAUCACCAUUACCAUCACAUUUUAUUAAUCAUAAUCAUACGGCAACAUCACAAUCGUCAAUACCAUUUCUUAUUCAAACAAAUCAGAUGAUGUCACCAGUACCAGCAUCACCUGUAUCAUUUAUUAAACAGCAAGAACAUAUACAAUCACAACCGGUACCAUCAACAUCAUUAUCACCCAUUCCAUUUCCUGUAAUGGAAAAACAACCACUGCCAACGACAACAUCAACAACAAAAGCUAUAACAACAUUAACUAAUCGAUUAAUUGAUUUAUUGAAAUCAAGCACAUGGUCAUUACCAGUAAAAGUUGAAUUAUUAGAUAUAUUCGGUGAUAAUGCCGCAACACCAGAAUCAAUCGAUUACUGUACAAGUUAUUUGACGGAUAUAGCCAUAUUUUUGGGUAUACGUUUGGUUAAAUUACAAUUACCAGCAAAUGAUGUUUGUCCAAAUAUAUGGUCAAUUCUGUGGAAAAAUCGAAUGUGUUAUCUUGGCUAUGUUACUCAUCGACUUGUAAUUCAACAAACAGUGGAAUGUUUCAGUUUAAAAUCAGCCUAUGAAUACAAUGAAUUACUUGAUGAAUUAAUUGAACGUUGUGGACGAGAAGAUUUUAAUCGAAAAUAUAUGAAUCGAUUAAUACGAUUAUUCAUCAAAGCAAAAUGUCUUCGAAAGUACCAUGAAAAUUCAAUGGUAUUGGUAACAAUGUUAGAAGGUGUUGAUAAUUUAGAAGAAUUUUGUUUAAAACAUGAUAUGACAUUGGUUCGAUUAUUAUUAAUCGAAGGUUUUCAUUUUGAACCAGAAGAAUAUUCAUUAUUAUUAUGUGGUAAUGAUUCAUUAGUUGAACAUGUUCAAUCGUUUGUAGAAAAUUGGUAUUCAAAUUAUUCACUUUCAAUGUGUAUCCAAGAUGUAUUUGCUGCACAACAACGGGCCUAUGAUCCAUUUGAUUUAGAUAAAUUUUGUGAAGAAAUGGAGGCAUUUAAAGCAUAUUCAGAAGUUGAACAAAUGUCACCUGUAUGUAUUUUAAAUUCAUUACAAGCAAUUGUCAAUAUAUUGAGUAUUUUGGAACAAAAGGCAGCUGAUCAUUGGUGUCAAUAUCAUGGCCCAUUUCAAAUUAUUUCUAAACGUUCAAUUAAACAGCCUACAGCCAUGUCACAAUAUAUUCUUUUACCACCAUCAGGUCAACAAAAUAAUUGUGGAUCAGAUGGUGAAUAA